UUUGGUGUGUGAUUUUCUUCAAGAUGGCGGAGCGUACGUUGAAGCAGUACGGCAGAGUGUCCAGAAUAAAAUAAUUUAGAAAGGUAGUUAGGUGCCUAUGAGGAUACAGCCGUAUUAUACGUGCAUAUAUAUCUCUCCUGAAGACCCCAUUGGAGGAUGCUCAGUGCCUAGAUCCCAUAUUAAGCUGAAUGCAUUGUGAUUUCCAAUAAUAGAGACAGUGAUUCUGAAAGCUGUCUACAUUAAUGAAAAGAACAAUGUAGUCAGCUUAGCAUAUUCACCUCUGGUACGUGAUCUAUACAGGGAUGUGCUUCCGCAUGCUUUCUGGCUUCAGAUAAAGUCUCAACAGGUCAGAUUUUAAGAAUUUAGUUGUUAUAAGUUAUAGUUGCUAAGCGAAGGAAUGGAAAUAGAUGAUGAUUUACCCCCUCUCCCCUUGGAGCCACCUGAUGAUUUUUGCCAAUAUGACAGCAGAGCACCUCCACCACCUCCCCUGCAAACGUCCAGUGACGCAGAGGUAAUGGACGUUAGCUCUGGUGGUGAUGGAUACAUAUACACCCCAGGGGACGGGGAUACCAAGCCACAGCAGCCCCACAAUAAGGGCUCAGUAACAUUCUGUAGCCAAAACUCAGUUGAGGCCAAUUCCAGCUCAUUGUGUCCCAGAACAGCCCGUCAUGCUCCCCCAGUUACUAAGUUUCUACCAGAUCUGAAACUGCUCAGAGAUGUUAAGAUCCGUGUAAGCUUUACUGAAAGCAGCAGUAGCAGUAAAGACAGGAAGGUUUUGUACACAGGCAGCGGACAGGAAUCAAGCAGUGAGGACAACUUAGGCAUCUUAAAUGGUGAGUUGCAUGACUUUGCUAGUGACCAGGAGGUAGCUGAGGGUAGUUCAGGAGUAGGAAAUAUGGCAGGAAGAAGACAAGAGGAGGCUGAGGUAGAUCUGGAAAACAAGGUAGAGUUUGCCGUCUUGGAUGAGUUGGAUGACUUCUGUGAGAAUUUCCUGGAGAAUGCCAGUGGAGAGCACGGAGGCUUUCAGUCUGGCAUCAUAAUUCAGCAAGAGCAAGCAGACGACGAUGCCCUGUCUUAUCCCUACGAGGAGGAGUUUGACAAUGAUGUGGAUGCUCUACUUGAGGAGGGUAUGCCAGUGCCAAAAAAGAUGCGUCCUUCAGAAGAUAAAUAUGGUGGGGACAGUGACCAUCAGUCCGAUGGCCAAGGAGGCGUUCAACCCAUGAUGACCAAAAUUAAGACUGUCCUGAAGAGUCGGGGACGUCCACCCACAGAGCCUCUACCUGACGGAUGGAUCAUGACAUUCCAUAACUCAGGCAUUCCAGUCUACCUGCACAGGGAGACCAGAGUGGUAACCUGGUCCAGACCCUACUUCCUUGGCACUGGGAGUAUCAGGAAACAUGACCCCCCUACCAGUAGCAUCCCCUGUCUCCACUACAAGAAAAUGAAGGAACAGGAGGAACGGGAACUGAAUGGAGAGAUUACCCCUAAUCCAGAAGAGUCUCCAUUAAAGCCUUGUGAGGAGGCCAGUGGUGAUUUGAUAACAGUGCAGUCAAAUGCCACAGCAGAGGAGCCCGAGGAAGUUUCUCAUUGUCACAUGGCUGAGGAGGACAUCACUAAUUCCAGCCUGCAGGGCAAAGAGUCCCAAGCCUAUGAUACAGCCCAAGGUGCUCUCGGACAGGUGAAGGCUAAAGUGGAAGUAUGCAAAGAUGAGUCCAUAGACCUUGAAGAAUUUCGCCUGUACUUGGAAAAGUGCUUUGACUUUGAACAAGUGACUGUGAAGAAAUUUCGUACAUGGGCUGAGCGACGGCAGUUCAACAGAGACAUGAAGAGGAAGCAGGCAGAGUCAGAGAGACCGAUUCUACCUGCCAACCAGAAACUCAUCACACUGUCUGUACAAGAUGCACCCACUAAAAAAGAAUUUGUCAUCAACCCCAACGGGAAAUCGGAAGUCUGCAUUUUACAUGAAUAUAUGCAACGUGUUCUAAAGGUUCGACCUGUUUACAACUUCUUUGAAUGUGAGAAUCCAAGUGAACCAUUUGGAGCUUCAGUGAUUAUAGAUGGAGUAACGUAUGGCACAGGAACUGCAAGCAGUAAAAAACUUGCCAAGAAUAAAGCUGCUCGAUCUACACUGGAAAUCCUCAUCCCUGACUUUGUGAAGCAGACAUCUGAGGAGAAGCCUAUUGAGGGUGAUGAAUUAGAGUAUUUUAACCAUAUCAGUAUAGAAGACUCAAGGGUUUAUGAGUUGACCAACAAAGCAGGACUACUUUCACCAUAUCAGAUUCUUCAUGAGUGCCUUAAAAGAAAUCAUGGAAUGGGAGACACCAGCAUUAAUUUUGAGGUGAUCCCAGGGAAAAACCAGAAGAGUGAAUAUGUGAUGACAUGUGGGAAGCAUACUGUGCGCGGUUGGUGCAAAAACAAGAGGGUUGGAAAACAACUAGCAUCUCAGAAAAUCUUACAGAUGCUUCAUCCCCAUGUCAGAAAUUGGGGUUCACUGCUGCGCAUGUAUGGCAAAGAGAGUAAUAAGAUGGUCAAAAAGGAGAGCUCAGACAAGAGUGUGAUUGAGCUUCAGCAGUAUGCCAAAAAGAACAAGCCAAACCUCCAUAUCCUAAACAAACUGCAAGAGGAAAUGAAGAAGCUAGCCAAGCACAGGGAGGAAACAAGGAAGAAACCCAAGAUGACCAUUAUGGAGUCCGCACAGCCAGGAAGUGAACCUCUUUGCACCGUUGAUGUUUAAAAAAAAUGAAUCACUGAAACCGGUCACUGUCGGACAUCACAGAUCAUUUCUCACUUUAUUAUGCAUCACUGAGAUCUAACAAAAGCAACAUAGUGACACAUUGAUUAAACUGGUAGAGCAGCUUGUUUAUUGGUUUACUGUUUUUAGAAUUAAGUGUAAGACUAGAGGCACAGUAGAACAAACAUCUACCUCUCUAGAUGCAUUCUUUCCUUGGCACUUGGCAAACCACCCAGAGUGCAGAGGCAUUGACGCGAAAUAUGAACUGCGUCAAAAUAACUAUUGCAUGCUUGUCGAACUGCAAAAACCCAUGUAACACUUUGGUUUUGCAUUGAAGUGUCAUUUUCAACAGCUGCGAACUUAAAACCUGCACCUUUUAGUUUUAUUUGUGCUUAAAAAUAUAUGAAAGGGACUACUAGCUUUUGUGUAUUUAUGCCAUUGAUUUAAUUGGGGGGAGAAGUCGUUUAUUAGACAUUUUGACUGGCGUUAUUUUGAGUGAUUAAUACAAUACUCUUUAAUACUUAAAAUGGACAGGUAUCGUCUUAGUCUGCAUGAGUAAAAUCGUACAUUGAGCUCUAUUCAGAACAGUCUUGCACUGUACGUCCUGUCAUUUCUGAUUGAUCAUUCUAUUGGUACAUAACUGAUUUCGAAAUGCGCAACAGGACAGUAGUUUAUUAUUUAAAAAUAGAGGUAUCGUCACAAGUUUCCAUGGUAAUAUCUUUUUGUUUCCCCCUUUCCAACAGUCAUUUUGCAGGAAUAAGAAUAUGGAACCACACGACAUUUCGUUUUGUGUAGUGAGAAUGUGAGUUUUCUGUUGAACUGUUAAUUUAAAUAAAUUUGCAGUGACUUUUGUAUUUUGGGUUUUUAACAUUUAACAAAAGAGAAGCAGCUAGCCAUCUAUUAAACUUGUGUCCUGUACCCAGUGGCAGCGCUGCUAACAACACUC